AAAGGCCACCGGAGAGCAGCCAGAGCUGUAUCUGCACAGGCUGAGGCUGCUGGCAGAGGAAAAGUGAUCGUGGCAGAGGAGAGAUGUAGCAGCGCUGCUCGGUGGGACUCUGUGGCCAGCCGUCUGUCACUUCUUUUAAAACCAGAAAUUGUUUUUGUCGGACAUUACCGUGAAUGGGAAAGAUUGAAUGCAUCUUAUAGCACAGUGGCGCCGUGUGAAUGUGUCGUGUAAUGCACCGAGAAGGAUUGCCUCUCGGGGGAAAUAUUUAUGUUUCGGGACGGUUUUGUUGGAGUAGCUAGUUGCUAGCGCUGGGCUAGCGACUGUGCUGGCUACUUGGAACGUAUUCUGCAAGGAUGAUUCGGUGGAUACGACAGCAGCUGGGCUUUGACCCCCCUCAUCAGAGUGAUACCAGGACAGUGUACGUAGCUAACCGUUUCCCCCAGAAUGGCCACUACAUACCACAACGCUUUGCCGACAACAGAAUCAUCUCAUCCAAGUAUACAGUUUGGAAUUUUGUCCCCAAGAAUCUGUUUGAGCAAUUCAGAAGGAUAGCAAACUUCUACUUCCUCAUUAUCUUCCUUGUACAGUUAAUGAUAGAUACGCCAACUUCCCCAGUAACCAGCGGCCUGCCUCUGUUCUUUGUGAUCACAGUAACUGCCAUAAAACAGGGCUAUGAGGAUUGGCUGAGACACAAGGCUGACAAUGAGGUGAAUGGGGCUCCAGUGUUUGUGGUUCGCAGUGGAAGUCUGGUCCAGACGAGAUCCAAGAAUAUCAGGGUGGGAGACAUCGUCCGUGUGGCUAAAGAUGAAACGUUCCCAGCAGACCUGGUGUUACUGUCGUCAGAUCGUCCAGAUGGCACCUGUCACAUCACCACAGCCAGUCUUGACGGAGAGACCAAUCUCAAGACCCAUUACUCAGUGGCGGAGACAUCAGUGUGCCAGUCAGUCUCCCAGCUGGAGGCAUUGCAGGCUGUGGUGGAGUGUCAGCAACCAGAACCUGACCUAUACAGAUUUGUUGGUCGUAUGACGGUGACUCAGCAUGGGGAGGAGAUAGUUAGACCGCUGGGUCCAGAGAAUUUGCUGCUGCGAGGGGCCAGGUUGAAAAAUACUAAAGAAAUCUUUGGAGUGGCUGUUUAUACAGGCAUGGAGUCCAAGAUGGCACUCAACUAUAAAUGCAAGUCCCAGAAACGCUCUGCCGUAGAGAAGUCCAUGAAUACCUUCCUCAUCAUCUACCUGAUCAUCUUGCUGUCCGAGGCCAUUCUCAGCACCAUCCUAAAGUACGCCUGGCAGGCUGAGAUCAAAUGGGACGAACCUUUCUACAACCAAAAGACAGAAGCGGAGAGAAACAGCAGUCCGAUCUUAAAGUUCAUCUCAGACUUUUUGGCUUUUCUGGUGCUCUAUAACUUCAUCAUCCCUAUCUCGCUCUACGUUACUGUGGAGAUGCAAAAGUUCCUUGGCUCUUUUUUCAUUGGCUGGGAUUUGGACCUUUACCAUGAGGAAAGUGACCAGAAAGCUCAAGUCAAUACCUCUGACCUCAAUGAAGAGUUGGGACAGGUGGAAUAUGUGUUUACUGAUAAGACGGGCACACUAACAGAAAAUGAAAUGCAGUUCCGCGAGUGUUCGAUUAAUGGAACCAAGUACCGGGAAGUUAAUGGCAAACUUUUACCAGAGGGAAUGACAGACGACUCACCAGAUGGUUCUAUGCCUCCCCUGAUGGGUGACGAAUUGUUAUUUCUCAAGGCAGUGUCACUUUGUCACACAGUUCAGAUCAGCUACGACCAGCCAGACUGCCUGGCUGUGGGAGGAGACCCAUUCUCCCAUGCCAACGGGUUCUCUUCCAGUCCCAUGGAGUACUACGCCUCUUCACCGGAUGAGAAAGCUUUAGUAGAGGCAACAAAAAGGAUUGGAGUGGCCUUCUCUUGCAGCAAUGGAGAUACCAUGGAAAUCAAAACUUUUGGCAAGUUAGAAAAGUAUAAACUGCUCCAUGUACUCGAGUUUGAUCCUAACCGCAGGAGGAUGAGUGUCAUACUGCAAACUCCCUCAGGAGGCAAAGUGCUGUUCACCAAGGGGGCGGAGUCUGCCAUUUUGCCUUUCGCGACUAGUGGUGAGAUCGAAAAGACAAGGCUGCACGUUGAUGAGUUUGCCAUGAAAGGUUUGCGAACCCUGGUCGUAGCAUGCCGCCACUUCAGUCCGGAGGAGUACAUCGAUGUGGACAAGAAACUAAACAGUGCCCGCACCGCGCUGCAGCAGAGGGAGGAGAGACUGCAGGAAGCCUUCAGCUACAUUGAAAAAGACUUGCAGCUCCUGGGAGCAACAGGAGUGGAGGACAAACUUCAGGACAAGGUCCAGGAGACCAUUGAGGCUUUGCGACUCGCAGGAAUCAAAGUAUGGGUGCUGACAGGGGACAAACAUGAGACGGCAGUCAGUGUAAGCCUGUCCUGUGGCCACUUCCACAGAACCAUGAACAUCCUGGAGCUCCUGCAGCAGCACUCUGAUAACGAGUGUGCUGAGCAGCUCCGCAUACUGUCCAGGAGGUUAAGGGAGGACCAUGUCAUACAGCAUGGAUUGGUUGUAGAUGGAGCUAGUCUGUCUUUAGCAUUGAGGGAACACGAGAAGCUCUUUAUGGAAGUGUGUAAAAACUGUUCAGCUGUGCUGUGCUGUCGCAUGGCCCCACUGCAGAAAGCUAAGGUUGUGCGUCUUUUAAAGACAUCUCCAGAAAAACCCAUCACCUUAGCUAUUGGGGAUGGAGCCAAUGAUGUCAGUAUGAUACAGGAAGCCCAUGUGGGCAUAGGUAUCAUGGGGAAGGAGGGUCGUCAGGCCGUGAGAAACAGCGACUAUGCAAUUGCCAGGUUCAAGUUCCUGGCCAAACUCCUGCUGGUCCACGGGCACUUCUACUACAUUCGAAUAGCUACUCUUGUACAGUACUUUUUCUACAAGAAUGUGUGUUUUAUCACGCCGCAGUUUUUAUACCAGUUCUUCUGUUUGUUUUCACAACAAACUCUGUACGACAGUGUUUAUCUGACACUGUACAACAUCUGCUUCACCUCGCUGCCAAUCCUUGUGUACAGUCUGUUUGAACAGCUGGUCCAUCCGCAUGUAUUGCAGAACAAACCUGGCCUGUACAGGGAUAUUAGCAAGAACUCUCUGCUCUCUUUCCGGACCUUCUUGUACUGGACUGUGUUGGGUUUCUGUCACGCCUUUGUCUUCUUCUUUGGAUCCUACAUACUAAUGGGAGAGGACACCACACUUAUGGGCAAUGGACAGAUCUUGCGAGCUAACAGGCAGCUGAUGUUUGGGAACUGGACAUUUGGAACACUGGUCUUUACUGUCAUGGUCAUCACUGUCACGUUAAAGCUUGCAUUAGAGACUCAUUUUUGGACGUGGAUGAACCAUUUUGUGACAUGGGGCUCAAUUGCCUUCUAUUUCAUCUUCUCUCUCUUCUAUGGAGGCAUCAUCUGGCCAUUCCUGCACACCCAGGACAUGUACUUCGUCUUUGUGCAGCUGCUGUCCAGCGGUUCAGCCUGGUUUGCCAUUAUCAUCAUCGUCAUAACUUGCCUCUUUCCUGAUGUGUUGAAGAAGGUCUUGUACAGACACCUGCAGCCCACCAGCACUCAGAAGAGUCAGUCUCUACCAGCCUCCCAGGUGCAGAACCUCAGCUGCAUGGAAUCCCUGUGCUGCUACCAACAGGGGCAGAGCGGCUGUACCCGCCUGGCCCGCCUCCUGGAGCAAAUGACUGGACGCUGCAAGGCCAGCGCCAACAAUUGCCACACAUCCAGCCGCAACAACAGGUGGGGAAGACUACGACAUCGAGAAAACGUGAUUUUGAAUGACGAACCCUCGGCACCUCUUGGUGUCAGAAAUCUGGGCUUCAGUCCCGACUGUUGUAGCCCAUAAUGUGACUGCAGGUCAACUGUCUUGGAGCGACACGGAGAACUUGUACUCCAACGAUCGCAGCAUCCUGACGCUGUCGCCCAUCGAGGCCACCCACUGCUGACUCCCGGGGCCGCUGACUGUAGCACAGGGGGUCGGGGGGAGAGCCACCGCUCCAUUAUGAGUCAUAAUCACACCCCCCGCAACCUCAGCCACCAUUUUCGAAACAAUUUCAUUUUAAACUCGGUUAAUUCCCAGCAGGAUGCAGCACUGCUACAAAUGGGAUAAGGAUCCAAAGAACUCGUUUGAGUCUAUGCUGAGAGGAACGUCAGAUGGGAGCGAAAACUCUGAAGGAAAUGGAACAUGUGGUGCGAGCUAUUUGUGCUGCUACGUGUACGCUUGAAGAUCCGGUCUGUGUCUGAGCUGUGAAAUGCCUGGAUUCCUGCUGCUACUGCUAGCAGCGGAUCUGCAAGUCCAUCAAACUGGAAAACACCCUCCAUAAAAUCAGUUUUUAGUCACGUGAACUCCUCUGGAGCCCUUUCAUUGUCAAAACAGCGAUUUCUGACUGAGUACACUUUUUGCUGCGAGUGUCAAAGUGAGCAUCCAGAGGAUUUGUCAAGUCGACAGCAAGCCAGGAUCAUAUACGUAGCAAAACAUCCUGUUGCUUCCAUAAACUGCUACAAAAACUCUUCAUUCAGACCUCCCACCACAGCCCUGCAGCAUCCAGAACAUGAAGCCUCAUCUCUACCGCGGUACCAAAGACCAAAAAGGAUUCCGACUGGAGUUUAAAAGGAAAAGUGUUUAUUUUUUUGUGCCUGAUUGUACAGAAGCUUAUAUUGUUAAAGGAGACUUGUUGUUGUUCAUGCUGCUUUUGUCGUCUGUUCUGGCCUCUUUGUCCCCCCCCACCCCUCCCAGUGCACCACUGUGAAAGAGGCCCAAUGUUUUAAAAAGCCAUACGUUUUUGAAGAGGUCAGAUUAUUGGAGGUACUGCAGAUGGACGCUUGUGGGGGCUUGUUGUUAAAUUUGUUCUCCUCGAAUGCCUUUUGUCACCCAGCCCGGCGACCAGAAGCAUCUCAGCAUUAAAGCCCACGAGGUCUGGCAGAGUCAUCCAUGUCAGCUGCCUAAAAAUACGUCCGAUUUGACACCAUUAUUUUAUUUAUGCUUUUUCCGGUGAGGCUUUAACGGUGAGAUGCUUUUCCAAACCGUGGCUGAUGCACGUCGACCCAAGACAGCAGAAUGUGUUAAAGUUCAGAGGGGAAAGGAAAAGCAGAGCAUUUGCACAAAUCACAUAUCAAAAUUAUUUUGUUGGGUUCCUUUCUUUCUUUCUUUUUUUCAUCGGUAAAAGUCAUUGUCACCGUUCACAUCUGAAACCAUUUGAAUCACAUUUUUUGCUGUUACAUUAUUUUAUUUCUCCCCCCCCACCCCCCAUGUGUGUUUGUCUCCACCUGCUGUUGGAGGUGUGUGUGUGUGUGUUUUUGUUUUUUCUCUGUUGAUUGAAGGAAGUACGGUCCAUCAUAGCGUAUGUGCAAGCGGGAUGUUGGUGUGAUAUUAAAUACUUAGCAGGGCCAAAAAGGAUGUUUCACUAAGAUCACUACCACACUGUUGCUCCACAUUUUACACAGUUGACCUCAUAUCAGCUAAUAAAAUAUCUACCUUGAUGCACCGCUGGGCUCACAGUGGAUAAAGGAAACUAUAACUUAAUGCAGUUUUAUUCAAUAGAUUACAAAGUUUCUGUGAACACAGUUGUGUUAUUCCACCAUGUGUGCGUGUUGUGUUAAACUUGAUCUUGAUUUAACAGAAAGUCUUAGUCAUGAUUUCUGAGCGUGGAGCUGGGAAGACCAGGAUGUAACCAGCAGAGCAAGUUGCAUUAUGGGAGCUGUAGGAACCACUUUAAGCCUGGAUAUCCAUGCCUCUGCAGUGUUUUACUGGGACUCCUUGUCUGGCUGCUUUUUGAACUCAAUGUGGAUGUUUGAUUCACCAUCAUCCCUUUAAUACCUUUUUAAAAAAGGGACUAAAAUACGCUGAUUUCUUUUAGUUUCCUUUUUUUAAACUAGAAGAUGGCUUUAAAAACACUUGGCGCCUCGCACAGCGGCAUCUUUUCCCUGACCCUCCACGUCUUUCCAGCUCCACGACCCUCCUCCUGUAACACGCAUUUAGUUGAUCUUAAGUCAAAACAUUCCCUCUGUGUGAGAUCUUGUAAGAGCCAGUGCACAUCACAACUUGAAACAUUGUUUGCUACACACACUAGCACAUGACUGAUGUUUUAAAAUAGACGUAAUAAAGUCCUCUAAUGCUGGGGAAACAGCCCACAUCACAGCGAGCUGAGGUAGCCGCGUGGGUGAUGUUACGACAUUCGUUUUUGUUCAGGUUGAACCCGUACACUCGUGUGAAGCAAUAAUCAUUGUCACGAUAUGAGUCUGCUAAAAGGUCGGGUGAUGUCAUCACUGACCCCACCUCCCGACACCACAUCGACCCAGAUAACAGAGCGACCACUGAGCUCGGUGUUUGGGGGCAUCAGCACUGCACACUGCAGAGUCUCUGCAUGAUAUUUUGGAGCAGAUGGCAGGAGGAGGAAACGCGAGUCCUUCCUGACCAAAGGCAAGUCACACAAAGCCCAAAACACCUGCAGUGUCAGUGCGGUUCUGAUGCCCCCUUGUGCUCAAUGUGGACACCAGUAGUGUCCAAAAUAAUGGUGUCACAUGUUGGAGGUGGUGGUUACGUGGCUCCAAAACAGCCUCCCUUUUCAAAGUAGCAGAGUUGAUUACAUAACAGUCUCUGUUAGACUGAAACAAAAGUAAUAACAGCUCGAAAUUUAUUCUCCACACUCCACCACAGCUGUGACGGCUGGAAAUGUUUUUAAUUAAUGUAAUCCACUACUAAGUGGCACCAAAGUGAUCUUUUCACAGCUGUUCUGUGCCCCGGGUUCCAAACAGCCGUGAAAAGAGCUUGUGUGAAAACACGGACCAGAUCCUAUAAGGCGCUGCAGCACUGACGUCAUCUGGAGGCCUUGUAUCUGAGUUCAGAUACAAGGCCUGGAGGGGUUUUGUAGAAGCAGAUGAUUACUCAGUCACAUAACUCAGAGUGGUGACUUAAUAUUUCAUCACGCCUCAAGCCCCCGUGAUCUUCACGUCCAAAUGAGAACAAAUGCCGUCAGGAAUACUGGUCAUGUCCAUCCACUGAGGCAUGAGUGGAAAUUGGUACUAAAGAUCAAACCACUUGUUUAAGUUGAAAAGUAACAUCAGAGCUGGAGGCUGAUGACUUCAGUGCCAAGGUGCUCUUUCAAAAUAAAAGUUUGCAGACUUGCAUGAAGUUACAAAACCCCUGAUCGUAAAUAGAGGGAGUUCAGAUUGAAAUGUCAGCUGCCAGUGUCGUGCAUCCUGUCACUCUGAGCCCAUCAGAAGGAUGCGGGGAUGCAUGUCAGCGCUCAGUUUGACUUCAUGUUUGUUCCCUCCUCAUCAGUAAGUCGUGCUGCACCUGAGCAUUACUACAUAAUUUCUUCUGUUAUCUGAUGCUGUUUGUCUGUCCUCUACUGUCUGUAAACCUGUCUUAUAGCUGAAGAUGCUGUUCUAUUUACGAAAUAAAAACAUUUUUAAAGAAA